AAAUUGUUUACCAUGUUUAGUAAUUUCUCUUAGAAAAUUUAAAAUAUAAAAUGGGAGUUACUCUAAAUAUUGAAGUACCUUUUCCAAACAAUCAACAAGCACAAAUUGUAUAUGAUGUUCUUAGGGUUGAUCGAGAGCCCAGUAGAAGCGGUGUUGAAAAAGAAUUAAAAGUCAAAGACUGUAUUCUUGUGGCGAAAUUUACAGCCGAAUUACCUCGUCAAAUUAGAGUAUCAAUAAACGGAUUUUUUGACAAAAUCGACCUUAUCACAGAAACGUUUGAUAAUUUUGGACCUCCAGUGAGUGAAAGUUAUAGUCACUUUAAUAAUGCCUGAACACUCCCCAGCACCAACACCAAGUCGAGCAGUUUAUGGUUUUGCUCUAUAUUUAACUUCAAAACUAUUUUUUAUCUUGUAUGUUGUAUGGUCAAUAGUGCCUGAAAAGUAUUUUGAAUCCCUAGGUAUUCAUUUCUUACCUCAACGACACUGGGCUGUAACAAUACCAAUUUUUUUGUUGACUGUUCUCACAUUAUUUGCUUUUUUUAUAUAUCCUAGUUUAGGACUGCUUAUGACUCCCAAUGUUGAUGAUUUAAGAACUAUUACUGACAAAGAGGGUCAAAGAAAAUCAAGGAUUACAGUUUUCACCAAUAAUUGUACCAAUAAUUUGGGUAAUUGUAGUUGUAAGAAUUUAAAAAAAUGUUAUAGAGAUUUCUAUGAACAAAAUGAUGCUAAAGUUUCAAAUAAAACUAUACCUGUUGUGACAGAUUUAAAUAUGUGGGAUGUUUCCAAACAUUUGUAUUUAAAAUAAUUAAAUGUUAUUAAAG